AUGGGUUCCCGUUUCCCCGGCGUCCACGUGGCCCUUUGCCUGCUCCUGCUGGUAGCUGGGGAGGCCGACUGGGAGCCUCUUCCCACACUCCCGCAAGCAAAUGGCACCGGGUCUGCCCGGCCCCCCCACCGAGCGCGCGGCCUGGAGGAUGGGAGGAGGGGACUGCCGGGCGGCGAGGGGCCCCCGGAGUCAGGCACCGCAGAUCAUACUGGUCCCAAGUGUGACAUCAAUAUGCUGGUUUCACUUCUGAGGCAAGAAAAUGCAAGAGACAUUUGUGUCAUUAAGGUUCCUCCAGAAAUGAAAUAUACAGAUUACUGUGUAAUUGGUGGUGGAACUUCCCCUCGACACUUACAUGCCAUGGCCUACUACAUUGUGAAAAUGUACAAAUACCUGAAAUGUAAAAGUGAGCCUCAUGUUAACAUCGAAGGGAAGGACACUGAUGACUGGCUCUGUAUGGACUUUGGCAGCAUGGUGAUUCAUUUGAUGCUUCCAGAAACCAGAGAAACCUAUGAAUUAGAGAAAUUAUGGACCCUACGUUCUUAUGAUGACCAGUUAGCUCAGAUAGCACCUGAGACCUUACCUGAAGACUUCAUCCUUGGAAUAGAAGAUGACACUUCAUCUCUGGCUCCUGUGGGGUUUAAAUGUGAAUAA